UAGAAGAGUUCGAUCUUCUGGCGCUUGCUUUGGGAGGGAGAAUGAAGGUCUAUCACACAAUUAUUCUCGUCUCUCUUUCUUCAUCUUGAUCUCCUGUGGGUAGUGUGUUUUAGUGGAGUAAGAAUCAGAUUCAGAGCUAAAUCAAGCUUUGAGAGAAUGGGAUCUGGAGCUGGAAAUUUCAUCAAGGUUCUUUUGAGGAACUUUGAUGUUCUUGCUGGGCCUGUUGUUAGUCUCGUUUAUCCACUACAUGCUUCAGUCAGAGCAAUUGAAACUCAGUCUCACGCUGAUGACAAACAAUGGCUCACUUACUGGGUCCUUUACUCCUUACUUACACUCUUCGAGCUCACAUUCGCCAAACUCAUCGAAUGGGUACCGAUAUGGUCAUAUGCCAAGCUGAUCUUGACUUGCUGGCUAGUGAUUCCAUACUUCAGCGGCGCUGCUUAUGUCUACGAACACUUUGUGAGACCUGUGUUUGUUAACCCACAGAGCAUUAACAUUUGGUAUGUGCCGAAGAAGAUGGAUAUCUUCAGAAAGCCAGAUGAUAUGCUAACAGCUGCUGAGAAGUACAUUGCAGAGAAUGGACCUGAUGCUUUCCAGAAGAUCUUAAGCCGAUCUGAUAAAUCAAAAAGAUAAACAGCCUGAGACCAUGUAUGGUGAAGAGUAUCAGUACCAAGGGAACUACAAAAGCUUUUAAUACUAGACUUGUGAAGCAAGUUUCAUGUCUUAGAUGUUUGUUUUGCCUCUUUGUAAAAUAAGUUUAUAAAUAAACUUUAUUGAAACUUGUUCA